AUGUCCUAUCGAAAACAACCUUCUGGGUCACAAAAACGAAAACGGAAAAAUGAAAUAGGAUUAGCUGUAGAAGCACAGAAGGGUUCUAUACUUAAGUUUGUACAUCAUGAAAACAACAAAGUUGAUCAAGAUCAUCAUGUAACUUCCCAAGAAAAUUUUUAUGCAGAUGAAGCUCAAGAAACGCAAGAACACACAGAACAAUCAUUUGAAACAGAUGCAGACACAAAACAAGAAAUUAAAACAGUUGAAACUGUACUAGCAUGGGAUAUAGAUGACCUUGGCACAUGGCCGCAGUCUUUAAACAACGAAUAUCGUGCCAUUAUACUUGAGAAAGGCCCUGUGAGAAUAAAAGGUCUUGAAUAUCCUAAAGACAUUAGAGGUAGGAAAUUCACAAAAAACAAUUACUACAAAAGACUUUCUAAUGGUGAAAUUGUCAACAGACGGUGGCUUGUGUACUCUAAAUGCAAGGAUGCUGUAUUUUGUUUCCCAUGCAAGAUUUUCAAUAGUUGCAAUUUUAAGAUAGCAACUAUGGGUAUUAAUGAUUGGAAAAAUCUUAGUCACAUAUUACCACAACAUGAAAAGGCACAAUACCACAUUGAAAGUAUGCACAAAUGGUGUGAGCUGAGUGUAAGGUUAAAAAAUCAGACAACUCUUGAUGCCCAAAAUCAAAGAUUGCUGGAGUCAGAAAAGCAGCAUUGGCAUCGUGUUCUUGAACGUCUAUUAUCUAUUGUUGAAUAUCUAUCAACAAACAAUCUUGCUUUUAGAGGAAGCGUUGAGAAAUUAUUCCAGCCCCAAAAUGGAAAUUUUUUGGGCCUUGUACAACUGCUGGGAAAAUUUGACAGAGUGAUGAGUGAACAUCUCCGAAGAGUAACUGAAAAUGAAAUACAAGACCACUAUUUGGGACCAAGAAUUCAAAAUGAACUGAUCAUGCUAAUGAGUAAUAAAGUGAGAGACAAAAUUGUUUCAUUGGUUACUUUGGCAAAAUAUUUUGCCGUAAUUCUAGAUUGCACUCCAGACAUAAGUCAUCAAGAACAGAUGUCAUUAAUAGUGAGAUUUGUCAACAUUAGUAAUUCAGCACAGAUUACAGUUAAGAAAUUGUUUAUCACAUUUUUAGAAGUACAAGACACUACAGGUUUUGGUCUUCUUCAAACUCUCCUUGAUGAACUAAAACAAAUGGGAUUGUCCAUAAUGAACAUUCGAGGACAAGGCUAUGAUAAUAGCGCCAAUAUGAAAGGAUGCAUUUCUGGCGUGCAAGCUAGAUUGCUGAGAGAAAAUCCACGAGCUUUUUUUGUUCCAUGUGCAUGCCACAGCCUUAAUUUGAUAUUGUGUGAUAUGGCCAAGUCUUCUGUAGAAGCUAUAUCUUUUUUUGGUUUGCUGCAAUGCAUUUACGUGCUCUUUUCAGCUUCCACUCAACGAUGGCAAAUAUUCAAAGCACAUGUCAAUGGUAUUACCGUUAAGCCUCUAUCUGAGACACGCUGGGAAAGCAGAGUAGAAAGUGUAAAAACAUUGAGAUAUCAAUCUGAGGAAGUUUAUGAAGCAUUGGCUGCUAUUUCGGAAGAAGCCAGAGAUCCAAAAGCUAAAAGUGAAGCACAGUCAUUGGCCUCUGAAAUAUCCAGCUUCAAGUUUCUAACAUCUGUCCUAAUCUGGUUUGACAUUCUUGUUAAAAUCUCAAGUGUAAGCAAAUUUUUAGUGAAAUACAGAGAACAUGGAUUCAAAGAAGCACAGGUUACAGCAAGAGAGCUUGCACAGGCACUCGGUGUAGAACCAAAAUUUCCAUGUGCGAAUGUGACACGAGUUUCAAGGAAAAAACGACAAAUGGAAUAUGAAGGAGCAGAUGAGCCCAUAGACGAUCCAGAAAAGAAAUUUGAGGUUGAAUUUUUUAAUGUUGUGAUGGAUAAAGCAGUAUCGACAUAA